UGGUCGCUCAAGCAUAAAGGCGUGUACACCCAUGUAUUUGCGAAAGCCACGGAAUGAGCAAACAGUAUUAGAAAGGCGGGUCACAAGAUUUCCCGGUAUCAGUGUUGUUGGAAUCUUUCCUACUCAUUUGGAUUAUUUAGUGGAUUUUAUAAUAUUAAUCGCUAUAUAUUGUUUCAAAUAUAUCUCGGGUACAAUUCGCAGCUUUAUACUGGCGCAUCUCUAAGAAGACUUGGAUGUUUCUUCCAAAUAACAGACGUUAGAACGUAAACCGGAGUUCAGGAGGAAGUGCUAUUCCAGAAGCUGGCGUACCCGAAUAGGAGGGUAGAGUGAAGGCGGUUUAAAGAUGGAAAGACACAUGAGGACCUCUGCUCUUUAUAUCACCAGCUUACUCUAUUUCUUGACAUGCCUGGUUAGAAACAGCGAAGGUUUACCCGGUGGAGCUCCAACAUCGGCUUGCGAAAAUUUGACACCAAAUCAUGGUGUAUCCGCCCAAACAUCAACCAGUCCCUAUACCAUAUCAGUGAGUGCUAACGUUUAUACACCGGGAGGGCAGAUGAACGUCGAGAUUGUGACGAAUAACAACGCUCCGGCAUUGAAGGGUAUUCUGUUGCAAGCUCGUCAUGCACUUACCGGCGGUAGUCAUCCAAUCAUCGGUACAUGGUCGCUGGGGGACACCUCGAAUUAUCAGUAUCUGGAUUGUAAUGGCGCUACUUCGGCUGUAACCCAUUCUAAUAAUAACGACAAGCCAGCUUCCAUUCAGUUUAGUUGGACAACUCCUAGCGAUGUCGUCACAGGCAAUAUCUAUUUCACGGCAACCUUUGUUCAGUCAAGGAAUGUAUUUUGGGUCGGAGAGACAUCAAGCAACAUUCCAAACCAAUGCAACAACGGAGAUAUAUGUGGUGAUAAUGGCAUUUGUUCGGUUGUCAAUGGAGGUGUCAGGUGUACUUGCACAGACGGAUACACAGGGACCCUUUGCACCACUCCGCCAGCGUCUGACCCCUGUAACCCUAAUCCCUGUCUGUCUGGUGGGAAUUGUACCCCAAAUGGAAGCACGUUCACGUGCACCUGCCCAGACCUCACUACUGGAUCAACAUGUGAAAUAACAUUGACUCCUUGCGAUUCGGAUCCGUGUCUAAACGGAGCGACCUGUACGAACUCGGCGGAUAAUACAACGUUUAUGUGCGACUGUCCUUCCGAUUUUACUGGAACCACGUGUGAGACAGAAAUAAAUCUGUGUGCAAAUAAUUCGUGUGCAAAUGGAGCUACUUGUGUUCCUGAUCCUAAUUCUAUGAGCUACACUUGUGAUUGCGUGGAUGGAUUCACUGGGGAACGUUGUGAAACAGAUAAAAACCCAUGUGAUAACAAUAGCUGUCAAAACGGCGCUACUUGUAACCCUGUAGCCGGUUCUACUACUAACUACACGUGUCAAUGUACCAAUGGAUAUACUGGAGACUAUUGCCAAACAGAGAACGAAUGCAGCUCUGGAAAUGUGUGUGGUGAUUAUGGCAUUUGUUCGGUUGUCACUGGAGGUGUCAGGUGUACUUGCACAGACGGAUACUCAGGCACCCUUUGCAACAUGCCGCCAGGGUCUGACCCCUGUAACCCUAAUCCCUGUCUGUCCGGAGGGAAUUGUACUUCAAAUGGAAGCACGUUCACGUGUACCUGUCCAGACCUCACUUCUGGAUCAACAUGUGAAAUAACAUUGACUCCUUGUGAUUCGGAUCCGUGUCUUAACGGAGGGACCUGCACGAACUCCGCUGACAAUACAACGUUUAUGUGUGACUGUCCUUCCGAUUAUACUGGAACCACGUGCGAGACAGAAAUAGAUCUGUGUGCAAAUAAUUCGUGUGCAAAUGGAGCUACUUGUGUACCUGAUUCCAUGAGCUACACUUGUGAUUGCGUGGAUGGAUUCACAUCAGGACGAUGUGAAACAGAAAUAAACCCAUGUGAUAACAAUAGCUGUCAAAACGGCGCUACUUGUAACCCUGUAGCCGGUUCUACUACUAACUACACGUGUCAGUGUCCCAAUGGAUAUACUGGAGACUAUUGCCAAACGGAUCCUUGCGAAAGCAAUAAUUGUCAAAAUGGCGCUACCUGUAACCCGGUAGCCGGCUCUACUACUAACUACACAUGUCAAUGUCCUGCUGGUUUCACCGGAGAUUAUUGCCAAAUAGAUCCUUGCGAAAGCAAUAAUUGUCAAAAUGGCGCUACCUGUAACCCGGUAGCCGGCUCUACUACUAACUACACAUGUCAAUGUCCUGCUGGUUUCACCGGAGAUUAUUGCCAAAUAGAUCCUUGCGAAAGCAAUAAUUGUCAAAAUGGCGCUACCUGUAACCCGGUAGCCGACUCUACUACUAACUACACAUGUCAAUGUCCUGCUGGUUUCACCGGAGAUUAUUGCCAAAUAGAUCCUUGCGAAAGCAAUAAUUGUCAAAAUGGCGCUACCUGUAACCCGGUAGCCGACUCUACUACUAACUACACAUGUCAAUGUCCUGCUGGUUUCACCGGAGAUUAUUGCCAAAUAGAUCCUUGCGAAAGCAAUAGCUGUCAAAAUGACGCUACCUGUAACCCGGUAUUCGGCUCUACUACUAACUACACGUGUCAAUGUCCGAUAGGAUUCACCGGAGAUUAUUGCCAAAUAGAUCCUUGCGAAAGCAAUAGCUGUCAAAAUGGCGCUACCUGUAACCCGGUAGCCGGCUCUACUACUAACUACACGUGUCAAUGUCCUGCUGGUUUCACCGGAGAUUAUUGCCAAAUAGAAAUUGGCCCAUGUAAUAACAACAGCUGUCAAAAUGGCGCUACAUGUAACCCUAUAAACGGUUCUACUACUAACUACACUUGUCAAUGUCCUAAUGGAUUUACCGGAGAAUAUUGUCAAACAGAAAUAUACCCAUGUAAUAACAACAGCUGUCAAAACGGUGCUACAUGUAUCCCCGUUAACGGUUCUACUACUAACUACACAUGUCAAUGUCCAACUGGAUAUACCGGAGAAUAUUGCCAAACGGUAACGAGCGUAGACGUCUGUUUCUUCCGCAAUGGCACGUGUAACUGCACUUCUUCUCCCCCUGCGUUACCAGAUAAACCAGAAUUUUGCAAGCCCAAUGAUCUGUGUGCUAAUAACACAUGUGAGAAUGGAGCAACAUGUGUUCCAAUGCCUAAGUCUAUGAACUACUCGUGUGAAUGUGCGAUCGGAUUCUUGGGAGAGAGAUGUGAAGCAGAUCAAUGUGUUAACAACAACUGUGAAAACGGGGCUACCUGCAUUCCCGUCCCAGACACGUUCAACUUCACCUGUGAUUGCGCGGAUGGAUUUUCUGGAGAGAGAUGUCGAAUAGUAAUAGACCCUUGUGAUGGUAAUACCUGUCAAAAUGGCGCUACAUGUAACCCUGUAAACGGUUCUACUACUAACUACACGUGUCAGUGUCCUACUGGUUUCACCGGAGAUGAUUGUGAUACUAUGGAAAUAGAUCUGUGUGCUAAUAACACAUGUGAAAACGGAGCAACAUGUGUUCCAAUGCCUAACUCUAUGAACUACUCGUGCGAUUGUGUGCUGGGAUUUUCUGGAGAGCGAUGUGAAACAGAUAUGUGUGUAAAUCUUGCGGACCUUUGUAACAAUGGAACCUGUGAAGUUAUUCCGGAUGGUUCCGGUUCAGUCCGAUGUAACUGUUUCGAAGGUUUUUCUGGGACCUUAUGCAACAUGUCAGCAUCCUGUGAAGAGAAUAAUUGUUCAAAUGGAGCAACAUGUAACGCUGGUACAUUCCCUGAGUACUCCUGUAUUUGUCCACCUGGAUUCAUGGGAGAUUUCUGUGAUCGAGAAAUAGGCCCAUGUACUAACAAUAGCUGUCAAAAUGGCGCCACAUGUAACCCUGUAAACGGUUCUACUACUAACUACACAUGUCAAUGUCCUAAUGGAUUCACCGGAGAAUAUUGUGAAACUGCCUUAGAUCCCUGUGACGGGAAUAACUGUUCUAAUGGUGCUACCUGUAACCCUGGUACUUUCCCAAACUACAACUGUACUUGUCCUCCUGGAUACACGGGAGAGUUUUGUGACGAAGAAAUAGACCCUUGUGAUAACAAUACCUGUCAAAACGGCGCUACGUGUAACCCUGUAAACGGUUCUUCUACUAACUACACAUGUCAAUGUCCUACUGGAUAUUCGGGAGAAUAUUGUGAAACUGCCUUAGAUCCCUGUGACGGGAAUAACUGUUCUAAUGGUGCUACCUGUAACCCUGAUACUUUUCCAAACUACAACUGUACUUGUCCUCCUGGAUACACGGGGGAGUUAUGUAAUGAAGAAAUAGAUCCAUGUACUAACAAUAGCUGUCAAAAUGGCGCUACGUGUAACCCUGUAAACGGUUCUACUACUAACUACACAUGCCAAUGUCCUAUUGGAUACUCGGGAGCAUAUUGUGAAACUGAAAUAAACCCUUGUGAUAACAAUAGCUGUCAAAAUGGCGCUACAUGUAACCCUGUACUUGGUUCUACUAACUACACAUGUCAAUGUCCUACUGGAUACUCUGGAGAAUAUUGUGAAAUUGAAAUAGGCCCAUGUCCAUGUUGUAACAAUAGCUGUCAAAAUGGCGCUACGUGUAACCCUGUAAACGGUUCUUCUACUAACUACACAUGUCAAUGUCCUAAUGGAUACACGGGAGAAUAUUGUGAAACUGCCUUAGAUCCCUGUGACGGGAAUAACUGUUCUAAUGGUGCUACCUGUAACCCUGAUACUUUCCCAAACUACAACUGUACUUGUCCUCCUGGAUACACGGGAGAGUUUUGUGACGAAGAAAUAAACCCUUGUGAUAACAAUAGCUGUCAAAAUGGCGCUACAUGUAACCCUGUACUUGGUUCUACUAACUACACAUGUCAAUGUCCUACUGGAUACUCUGGAGAAUAUUGUGAAAUUGAAAUAGGCCCAUGUCCAUGUUGUAACAAUAGCUGUCAAAACGGCGCUACGUGUAACCCUGUAAACGGUUCUUCUACUAACUACACAUGUCAAUGUCCUAAUGGAUACACGGGAGAAUAUUGUGAAACUGCCUUAGAUCCCUGUGACGGGAAUAACUGUUCUAAUGGUGCUACCUGUAACCCUGAUACUUUCCCAAACUACAACUGUACUUGUCCUCCUGGAUACACGGGAGAGUUUUGUGACGAAGAAAUAAACCCUUGUGAUAACAAUAGCUGUCAAAAUGGCGCUACAUGUAACCCUGUACUUGGUUCUACUAACUACACAUGUCAAUGUCCUACUGGAUACUCUGGAGAAUAUUGUGAAAUUGAAACAGACCCUUGUGAUAACAAUACCUGUCAAAAUGGCGCUACAUGUAUCCCUGUAAACGGUUCUUCUACUUACUACACAUGUCAAUGUCCCACUGGAUACACGGGAGAAUAUUGUGAAACCGAAAUAGAUCCUUGUGAUAACAAUACCUGUCAAAAUGGCGCUACGUGUAUCCCUGUAAACGGUUCUUCUACUAACUACACGUGUCAAUGCCCAACUGGAUACACGGGUGAUUACUGCAAUAUAACGGAAAUAGAUCCCUGCGUUAAUGACACAUGUGAGAAUGGAGCCACAUGUGUUCCAAUGCCUAACUCUAUGAACUACUCGUGUCAGUGUGUGGUCGGAUUCUCGGGAGAGAGAUGUGAAACAGCCAUAGAUCCAUGUCAAGGGAAUAAUUGCUCUAAUGGAGCUACGUGUAAUCCCGGAACGUUCCCUGACUAUAACUGCAUUUGUCUUGCCGGAUACGCUGGCGAGUUUUGUGAUGAAGAUCCUUGUGGUAACAAUGUCUGUCAAAAUGGCGCUACUUGUAACCCUGUAAACGGUUCUUCUACUAACUACACUUGUCAAUGUUCUACUGGAUACAUCGGAGAAUAUUGUGAAACGGUUGUAACAACUCCAUGUAGCCCCAGCCCAUGUCUGAAUGGAGGUGUUUGUAUCGUUACUGGAGCGUCUACCUAUUCCUGCAACUGUCCUUCAACUCAUACUGGAGUCAACUGCCAAAAUCCUGUCGCUGGAGAUUUUUGUACCAAUAAUCUGUGUCAGAAUGGUGCCAACUGUACAUCAGCGCCGGGCUCGAAUCCUCAAUACACAUGUCAGUGCCCACUAGGAUUUGGUGGUGAUUUCUGCGAAUCAGAUAACUGCGUAGACAUAGAUGAGAAUACGCUAUGUAACAGCGGCACCUGCGAAACAAUUCCAGAUGGGUCCGGAGCGGUUCGGUGUAACUGUUACGAAGGAUUUACCGGGAUUCUUUGUGACGAACAGAUUUCGACCGGUCUGUGCAGCCCCGACCCUUGUCGAAACGGAGGAACCUGUAAUCUGAGAGGUGAUAGUGGGUACUCGUGCGACUGUCCAGCUACACAUACUGGAACCAACUGUGAUAUUGCUGUAACAACUCCAUGUAACCCCAGCCCUUGUUUAAAUGGAGGUGUUUGUACCGUUACUGGAGCAUCUACCUAUUCCUGUAACUGUCCUUCAUCUCAUACUGGAAACAACUGCCAAAAUCCUGCAACAGGGGACACGUCACCACCGCUUAUCUUUAACUGCCCUGCGGAUAUCACUCGAACUACUUCAACUGGACUACCUCAGACAGUAUUCUGGACAGAACCAACUGCUAGUGAUCCUUCCGGGGUUCGUAGCCUCACAUCAAACAUCCAAUCAAAUACGCAGUUUCCAGUUGGAUUCACGACAACAAUUGUUUACACUGCAGUUGACAACCUUGGAAACUCUGACAGUUCUUCUUGCACAUUCACGGUGACGAUAUUGUCAGACGACACUUCGCCUCCGACAAUCAGGGACUGCCCUGUGGAUAUCACUGUAACGGUAUUACCUGGACAACAACAAGCAGUGGUGACAUGGGUAACACCUACUGCCAGCGAUCCUUCCGGAGUCCAAAGUCUCACAUCAAACAUCCAACCCAAUACGCAGUUUCCGUUGGGAUUCACGACAACUGUUGUUUAUACGGCAACAGACAAUCUGGGAAACUCUGACAGCACAUCGUGCACGUUCGAUGUAACAGUGGUAUCAGGUAGUCAAGCUUGCAGUUCUUCGCCGUGCCUGAACGGUGGGACUUGUCAACCAUCUGGGACUGGGUUCAUUUGUGCUUGUCCGAUUUCCCAUACCGGUCAACUUUGUGACAUCGCAGUCGAUUUUUGUCUGCAGGCAAAUGCCUGUUUAAACGGUGGAACCUGCGUAUCUCUUUCGAAUGGUUUCCAAUGCAACUGUCCUGCUACACACGCUGGAACAAACUGCCAGAACGCGAACCCCUGUAACCCGAAUCCAUGUCAGUCGGGAGGGCAGUGCAAUCCAUCGGCAGAUUUCUCUUCCUUUACAUGUCAGUGUGUGUCACCCUACACAGGAACAACGUGCAACCAAAGUCCAUGUGACUCUAAUCCGUGCAUCAAUGGAGGAACGUGUGGAGUGCUUUCUACAGGAUUCACAUGCAACUGUCCCUCAACUUACACCGGUGACAGAUGUCAAACACAAAUUGCGAACCCCUGUAUCCCGAAUCCAUGUCAGUCGGGAGGGCAGUGCAAUCCGUCGGCAGAUUUCUCUUCCUUUACAUGUCAGUGUGUGCCACCCUAUACAGGAACAACGUGCAACCAAAGUCCAUGUGACUCUAAUCCGUGCAUCAAUGGAGGAACGUGUGGAUUGCUUUCUACAGGAUUCACAUGCAACUGUCCCUCAACUUACUCCGGUGACAGAUGUCAAACACAAACUGUCCAGCAACCAUGUGAUCUAGACCCAUGUAAAAAUGGUGGUAGUUGUAACAAUACUGGUUCUACUUUCAAAUGUUCGUGCCCGGACCCGUUUGAAGGACCAACUUGUGAAGACAUAAAACAAGAUUGUAGGACUGCUAUCCCCUGCCAAAAUGGUGGUGCGUGUCUUAACCAAGGCGAUGUCUACCAAUGCGUGUGUACUGCUAGUUAUAUUGGCGACUAUUGUGACAUACUUGCAGACUGUACCAAUAUUUUACCCUGUGUUAAUGGUGGAACCUGUGCCCAGUCAGCACAGCAAAGCUCAAACGAAUGCUUAUGUACUUCUGACUUUGAAGGCGACCAAUGUGAAAUACCAAUAACUGACUGUCGUGCACCUGCGACCUCGUGUUAUAAUGGUGGUAUAUGUCAGCUGCAAGCGGGGGGCUCUUAUGAGUGUGCUUGCCCGGAAUUUUUCGAGGGAUCUCAAUGUGAAUUUACAUUGACGGGUUGUUUUCGUGACCCGUGCCAAAAUGGAGGAACCUGUGCGUAUGUCAAUUCGCUGCCGGAAUGUAUCUGCCCUACGGGUUUCUCAGGAGGUAGCUGUGAAAAGUACGUUACGUGUCAAAGUUCACCGUGUCAAAAUGGCGGAACGUGUUUUGAAAUAGGAAGCGGAACAGGAUACACGUGUCAAUGUGCUGAUGGAUACUCCGGGGACAACUGCCAAACUGAGAUAUGUACCAGUUUAACUUGUCAAAAUGGUGCUACCUGCCUUGAUGAAAUCACUGGAUUCAGGUGUCAAUGUGCUUCUGGAUUUAGUGGAGAGAGAUGUGAAGGUACCGCAGAACCGUGCAACAGCUCCCCCUGUGGAAAUGGUGCAACCUGUGUGCAAAGUGGAGACGGAUCAUCGUAUAGUUGCGUUUGCUCUCCGGGUGGCGGUCUUCAACAAAACUGUGACGAAUUAGGUUGCAAUUCUUCACCUUGUCAAAAUGGUGGGACUUGUUCAGACGUUGCCAAUGGUUACUCUUGUCAGUGCCCAAGUGGAUAUGGAGGAACCGACUGUGGAGAAACACCUUGUAGUUCUUUCCCAUGCUUAAAUGGAGGAACGUGUUUAAAUGAGGCCAGUGGAUACUCAUGCCAAUGUCCCAAUGGAUAUUUUGGAACAGACUGUGGCCAGACAGCUUGCUUUUCAUCACCUUGUCAGAAUGGAGGAACUUGUUCCGGUGGACCUGGAGGUUAUACAUGUCAAUGUCCUAUAGGGUAUACAGGAACAAACUGUGCAACCACAGUGUGUGAUUCAGCCCCCUGUCUGAAUGGAGCAACUUGCAGUAACAUCCCAGACAUAGCAAACAGUCUUCCCUACACUUGCAAUUGUGCGCCUGGAUUCAUUGGUGCCAAUUGCUCGUAUGUACCAUGCAGUUCAAGCCCCUGUCAAAAUGGAGCAACUUGUAGAAACGUCCCAGAUGGUGUGAACAAUCUUGAAUACACUUGUGAUUGUAUCUCUGGAUUCACUGGUCCCAAUUGCGAGAAUGUGAUAGUGACGUGUGAUGACGAGCCUUGCGGGCCUGAUGGCUCCUGUAUUACUUUGGAUGUAUUAAAUGAGUUUGGUGUGUACUACAUAUGCUUUUGCUCUGAUGGUAGCAGUGGUCCCGAUUGUACAGAACCGACAACACCAGAAGCAACCACUCCAACAACGCAGCAGACUACCCCAUCACCGCAGCCCACGACCCCAUCACCGUCGACAGAGCCAUCAACACCAUCAACUCAGCCAACAACACCGUCAAUCCAGCCAACGACGCCAUCAACACCAGCUUCAUCAACUCCGGCAACUUCUCCCACUCAGGAGCCUACCACAAAUUCUAGUGCUACGGACUCAACUUGCCUUAAUGGAAUGAACUGCGACCAUGGAAGGUGCAUGGACAAUAUGUGUGUCUGUGAUGAUGGCUACGAAGGAGAUUAUUGUGAAUCAGACAUUGACGAAUGCAGAGAUAAUCCUUGUUUAAAUGGUGGUGUCUGUGUCAAUCUCGAGGCCCGCUUUGCCUGCAAUUGCAAGGAUGGAUUUACCGGAGAGAGGUGUACUGAAGGAUCAGGAUCUAAUCUUCCAACCACAAAUGGCCCUCUUAUACCAGUGUGGUGGAUUGUCAUCAUCGCUGUCAUCGCUCUCCUCAUCGUCAUCCUUCUCUUCAUCGUGGCCUGUACAUGUAACCUCAGCAGUAAACCAGCAGACAAAGAGCCACUGGCAUAGACAUUGUCCCUGCCAAUUCGAUUCCAAAAAAGCUUGCAAAAAUCAUUUACAACAGCAGCAACAACAAAGAGAAAUAUGAAAAUUAUAACAUCUUAUUACGACCAGUUUGUUAAGGCUAAAUCAUGGUUAAUCCAAAAACAAACAUGCAGAUUUAAAUUUGUGGGUAUUCCAUUCCUACAUCUGAUUUUCAUUUCAUUAUGACACAUUUUUUUCCUUCCUUAACGAAUUGAAGAACUAAAUUUAAUAUUUUUAAAAUCUUCAAUCAGGAUUUAACAUUGCAUCCAAGAAAGAAAUCUAACUUGUAGUGAUAACAUUUCAUGUUAAUGUAUGAUGCAAAUAUGUUGACAAAUUACAUUUCAUGUAAUCUAGAAAAUGGUCUCAUCAAACUGUCUCAUCCAAAAUCUUUUGCUGUUUUAAAUAUUGUAUUUUUAUAAGCACACUUUUUGCUGAAAUUUUUAUCAAAUUUUAUGUAAAUUAUAAAAAAAAGGAGUUAUGUAUGGAGUAGAUGUUUAUCUUAUUUUACUGUUAAAUAUUAUUAUGAUGCAGAAUCAGAAAGUAUGUGACUAUUUGUGUAAUUGCAAUGCUUUCUUCUUUUUACUUUUAAAAUCAUGGGUACUUUCUUCAAAUAUAGCUGUCUGGCAUUUUUAGGGAUCAUUCAUUUUCAUGAGCAUUUUGACCUUAACAUGAUAUCAACAAAAAAAUAUAUAAUUUUCUGUGAAAAAUUAUGUAUCAACCAAUCAAAUGUGAAGAUUUCAAACACAUUUUUACAAUCAUGAAUAUUUGUUCCUACAAUGAGUUUGCAAUUCAUCCUUUUAUCAGAGAACUCUUGAAUGUCAGAAUGGAGUUCUAUUUAUUCGUUCUAAAAGUUGUAUAUUCAUUAUAAUAAUGAAUAAUACAUGAGAUUUAUAUAACGCACUUUCCAUCUUAAUUAGAUGCUCAAGGCGCUUCAGAGCAGAACAACAAAAACUAUAAUACAUACAAUACUUGUCUGAACAAUAAGUCAAUAUCUAUUAAGUUCAAUAAUUCAUGAAUACUGAAGCCUCCAAAAUUUGCUAAUUCUUUACUCUUCAAAAUGUAUUCCAUUCGCUUGAUUUUAGUGAAACUCUGGUAGUAUCACAACUAAAUGCAAAAUGUUAACUUUAGGAAAAGCAUAGUUACAGAUUUUCUCUGUGUGUGUGGGUGUGUGUAAUUAUGUUAUGUUCAAUAUGAUGUUGGUGACUUUUUUUUUCUUUAUUAGCCAUUCACAAUUUAUAUCUUUCAAUUUGAAAUAGGUAGGUCUUGGUAAAAAGGCACAUUUUGGCAAUGCUGUAGUUUAAUUGUCUUGAAGUAAAAUUCUCUACUUUAAUUAUGUCUGUAGAGCGCUUAGAGACGUCAUUCUGGGGAGCGUUUCAUGAAAGGAUUUGUCAGACGUUUUAUCCGACAAGCCCCAUUUCAUCCGACAGUUACCAUAGUAACAUUGCUUAUCAGCCAAUCAAAAUCAAGGAAAGAUGUCAGAUCUGACAACAUGUCGGACAAAAAUGUUGAUGAAACACUCCCCUUAUGUAUUAAGCGCUAUAUAAAUGCGGAUUAUUUCAAUGUGCAAAAUGUUAAGUAUAGAUACAUGUACAUUAUGUCAAGAAAUGUAGUUUGUCAUCUUAUUUGCAAUUCUCAUUCAAACUUUCAAAUUACUGCCAAAUUAUAAUACUCUUCUACAAUGGAUGAUACCAUCAACAGCGAUCUGAUAAUCAAAUUAGUAAACAUGUUUGAUGUAGUCCAUACUGUUUUAAACUGCAGAUUUGUUUCCAAGUAACUGCAUAACAUUAUGCUUUAUUCAUUACUUAGUCUGAUACUGUUAGUGUGGACAAGCAACAUUUAUUGUAACAUUGUUAAAAAUGAUAUGAAAAACAUAGGUUCUUCCAUAUUAAAAAGAUAUAAGUUUAUCACAUGAAGAUACAUAUAUGUAGCUGUAAAGUAAACCAAGAAGAGAUGGUAGUUCAAAUUUUUGUUUCUGAUAUUAUUCCAAGCCUGAAAUCAGUUUCAUGAGAAUCUUAUGGAGUCGUAGAAUAAUAUGAAGGGAGGGGGCCAUAUUCGUUUGUUCAACAUUGUGACAUCAUUGAUCUACAUCUAUUCCAAGAAUGUAAGUGAUUUAACAUAUUCUGUUCAAAUGUCGGUGAAGCAGGUGAGGAAUCAGAAAUCUCUCAUCAGUACGGUUAUACAAAAUAUAAAAACUUAAAGAUGGGCCGUUAUGGGAAGGGAAGGUGUACGAUCUGAUGAUCUGGAAUAUAGAAACAGUUUAAUCAAAGGAGAUGCAAUUUGAUAGCCUACAUUGUAAUGUAAGAAAAAUAUGAUCAUAGCCUUACUUGGUUGACGAUAUUAGUAUUCAAAAGUGUUGAGUCAAAUGAAAAUCACAAGAUUGUUUGUUUGGCCUUUGUCCAAUCUAUUUUAUUUAUUUUUUAUUUCUCACUCCCUUCUCUCUCUGUAAAAAAAAGAAUAGACAUUAUGACCAGUAGUCUCUUGAUUCUACCUACAAAUGUAUCUGCUUGGUCACACAUUAAAAUCUUGACAAAUGCAUCCUUUUCAAAGUUUGGUUUAAGAAUGAAUGAUGAAUGUGGGAUACAAAUAUAGAACUAUGCAAAUAAUCUUCAUUUUAUUUCUAUGAAUUUGUAUAUAAAUAUGCAUGUAGUCUAGAUUUGCUUUAACAGAGGAAUAAUGCUUCCAUUCAAAUGAUGUACAAUUACAAAACUGAUAUUAAAAUGCAUGAUGUUUUCUGGUACCUUAUGUACUCAAACACUCAGAAAAAGGAAUUAUAUGCGGAAUUUAUGAGAAUAUACAUUGAAAUUUGUAUGCUGAUAAUUUCAUGAAGCAUCAGAAAGAUAUAUGAAUAAAUAAUUUACUUUGGGUUUA